CGAAGGGAUCUUGCAAACCUGCUGGGCAAACGCGAUAUUUAUGCAGAGAUGGGAUCCCUGGUGAGAUCCCGUUGGUUGAUGAUCCCCCUACUCGUGCAGGCCUGGCUUUUGGCUUCCCAAGGCAGAGUCCGAGAGAAACCAUGUCCCCGAAGCUGCCGCUGCGAUGGCAAAAUAGUGUAUUGUGAGUCAAAUGCCUUCCGUGAUGUGCCAAAGAAUGUUUCUGUGGGAUGCCAGGGCCUCUCUCUGCGGUACAACAGCUUGGUGAACCUCAGGGCUGGUCUUACCAGCCUCAGUCAGUUGGUCUGGCUGUACCUAGACCACAACUACAUCAAUGCAGUGGACAAACAAGCCUUUCAAGGUGUUCGAAGACUAAAGGAGUUGAUCCUCAGCUCCAACAAGAUCACACAUUUGGAAAACAGCACAUUCCAUUCGAUCCCCAACCUACGAAAUCUAGACCUCUCCUACAACAAACUUCAAGUCCUGCAGCUGAAUCAGUUCCAAGGCUUGCGCAAACUGUUGAGUCUCCACAUCAGAUCGAAUUCCCUCAAGACGGUUCCAAUGCGAGUGUUUCAGGAUUGCCGAAACCUAGAGUUUCUUGAUUUGGGCUACAAUCGACUGCGAAGUCUUACCCGUAACGCAUUUGCGGGACUUCUCAAACUGACUGAGUUACACUUAGAGCACAACCAGUUUUCAAAGAUCAAUUUUUCUCAUUUCCCAAGGCUGAACAACCUUCGUGCUUUGUAUCUGCAGUGGAAUCGGAUAAAGUCAAUAACCCAGGGAAUUACAUGGACCUGGACCUCUUUGCAAAAGCUGGAUCUUUCUGGAAAUGACCUGCAAGUGCUGGAUUCAAGCAUCUUCCAGUGUCUCCCUAACUUGCAGACUCUUAAUCUGGACUCCAAUAAGCUAAGCAACGUGUCUCAAGAUGCCAUAUCAGCUUGGAUCUCUCUUACUACCAUCAGUCUUGCGGGUAACAUUUGGGAAUGCAGCCCCAGCUUAUGUCCCCUUGUAGCUUGGCUGAGGAACUUCAAGGGGAACAAGGAGACCACCAUGAUUUGUGCUGGACCAAAGGAGGUUCAGGGUGAAAAAGUCAUUGAGGCUGUUGACACACAUGGAAUCUGUAAGAUGACCCCCACCCCUUACCAGCCAAUCUCCUCAACUGUAAGCUCCCCAUCCAAACCUGGACAUUUCCCCCCACCCACCAUGUUCAGGGUGAAUGAGAAAAUAGCACGCAACAACCCUGUUGCGCCUUCCCCAACGGCUGAAUCCCCAUCUGUCCCUGAGCAGGAUUUCGAGCAUGUUUCGUUCCACAAGAUAAUUGCCGGCAGCGUCGCCCUCUUCCUAUCCGUGGCCAUGAUCUUGCUAGUGAUCUACGUUUCCUGGAAGCGUUAUCCCAGCAGCAUGAAGCAACUGCAGCAGCAUUCCAUGGUGAGAAAACGCCGGAAAAAGGCACGGGAGACAGAGCGCACCCUCAGCUCUCCACUUCAGGAAUAUUAUGUGGACUACAAACCCACAAACUCUGAGACCAUGGACGUACUGGUCAAUGGGACAGGACCCUGUACCUACACCAUCUCCGGCUCCCGAGAAUGUGAGGUAUGAUCCGUCGCCCUCCUAAAAUCCAUUACCACUGCGGGGAACAAGAGGUAAAUGUCAAGUCGAUGUGAGGCGAAAAAAUUGUGUUGUCUCCCCCCCUUUUCCGCUGCUAGCUGUUCCCCUCUAAUGGGUAGGAAACAUGGGUCAGUGCACAGAAACUUGAGUCAUAUGUUCUCAGGCUUGUAAUCAACAUUUUGUUCCCUCCUUUUACCUCAGGUGUAGUAAGAUAAAACAUACUUGAGCAAAAAACACCUUGUUAUAUAUCAAACAGCAGCACCGGUUUGGGGAUUUUUACUCUCUGCUGGCUUAAAGCAAAGCAUAAAGUGCUGCUUUUAAAAUACACCACUGAUUGGCUACAAAAAUUAGUUUAGUUUCAAAUACUGGGUCAAGUCUCUGUGCAUUGCUUCUUUCCUAUCCCCUGUGUGUUUUUGCAUUAUUAUCAACAUCCAACACCCCAGGCAAAUGGCUGUUGAGUCAAACGAAUUGCAGUGGCCUGCUUGUUUAAAGGAAAGUGACAAAAAAAAGAGAUUGAUGAAAUGUGAGAGCUAAUAUAUUGGUCUGGUUCCAAGAUAAAUAUUUGCCUCAUCUUGGAUUUAAGGUAGCAGCGACUGGAUUAUUGAGGGCUUGGAGAGAUUUCCCUUAAUCAUGCACUUUGUCAGACAAAUCACCAAUUCAGGACGUAAUUAAAGGUACACAUUGCUGAUCCUUGUACGUAAUCCCGCCGCAUGGCUACUCUUGGCUGCUAGCAAUUGCAUCCUAUAAUUUAUGCAGUGUCAUAGGUUGUCCCCAUGAAAUAUGAUAAGGCCCACGUCCAGAUAUAGAGGAGCUUGAGAAAAUAAGCGUAAAGCCUUUUGCCACAAAGCAGCUACUCAGGUGGAGUCAAAGUACACAUACACUAUUUUACACAUACAAUACAAAUUACAUUUCUAUGCAGGCUGUAGAACAGCAAAACCAAAGGCAAUAUUCAUGGUAGAAAUAUAUUCAGUUAAGUUUUCACAGGUCUAAUUAUUCAUGGCUUUCAGCAAAGGUCAUCUUGAGUUUUGUCUCCCAUCACCCAGUGUUAGAACAAGUGUGAGAUCCAUAGGGAGUCUAACUUACAAGACAGCCAUCGUUUAGUUCUGUUUUUUUGAUUCAGUGGAUUGUAGGUAAAUCCACAUGGCAGUUAUAUUCCCAUUGUAAGUAAUGAGCAAGCCCAAGGGAUGCAUUUUAACAGCUUUCAAAAAUGCUUUCAGCUUUGCACAGUAAGUAAUAACAGGAAGUAUGUCCCGUGAAACAAGGUCAGAAUAAAUAAUUAUUGAGGUGAAUAAAUUAAAUUCACAAAUGGAUAGAAUUUACAAGUGAUUUGACUAAGAGGCUUAGCAAUUUGUUUGGAAGUUCUAUGGUGAUUGUCUUUGCUUUCGCACCAGUAAAAGGUAAUAUUUCAUUUUAGUGGUUUAAUCUGCAUUGUAAACAGGGUGCUGUGCUUUUCCGCUUGUGUACUGUUGCGGUGUUGACUCAUUUGCUUUAUAGUCUUUCUGUUGUUAGCAUCCAUCAUGUCCUUUGCCCCCUUUGUUGCUCCUGUUGUUGUGUCUGUUGACAAUUACCAAUUUUUUGCUAAAAAACACAGUGGGAACACAGGGAAAACACAGUGAUGUUGGGUAAUAUGUGUGUAUGAACUUAUGUGAAACGUGUGUUUUCCCUGUUGCUAUGAAUGUAAAAGUGAAAGCAUAACAUUUAAUGUAAAGUAUUAUGUAUUCUAUGUAAAGGUAGGAAAUUUUUUGGUUGAUUUUAAGUUUAAUCACUGACUCUGUUUUUCUGGUGCUAGCGUAGCAUGCUAAACAACAGAGAAUAUGUGAAAUGCACUAUAAACUUUUGCAAUAUAGGCUUUUAUGAAGCAUCAAAGUGAACUUCCCACCUAUAGUUUAAAAUAAGAUCUAUACACAGUGACAGACACAAAUACUUCCUUUUUAGCAAAUCUGACUGAAUCCUGGAAAUUUUAGCACAUUAUAGCUACAGUGUAAGAUUUAUAUAGAAUAUAAUUGGUAUGUAAAUUUGUUCCCCCUCACUUUUUAGUAUUUGAAUGCGUCCUUGUUUUGUCGGAAUAUAUCUUUAACUACAAGGUUUUAUAGUCUGCCUGACUCUCCAUCUCUCUCUUUAAUCAUACGGUUGCUCUCCUGCUUGAGUUAGAUGAGUCCCUGACAGCUUUUUGUUGACAAGGCAGAACCGCAGGAGGUCCAAGCAGUGGGCCAUUACUGAAGCCCCUUGAUGUUGUGAGCAGUCAGGCUGGCCAUAUUUACAGCAAGAAGGACAGUGAUUCUAUCUCAGAAAAUUGGAAGUGUCAAAGAGUGACAUCAGAGACAUAAAGCUACGGCUGUCAGAAAGCAAUUUUUAUCGAACGUUGAUAACCUGUGACCUCCUGUGACCGUGGUCAGUGGCAUUGCUCAUACACACAUAUCUGCAGAAGAGAAGAGGUAUAGAAUAACAUUGGGCUGAUAAUAUAGUGCGAUUGUGGACUGGACUGUCUUCUACACUCACAACAAUUGAAUGGAUGAAAAUAACAGAUGAAGGCUCUUGUUUCGUUUUGAAAUGGAUGCUUUGCACAGUCAGUAUUUGGCAAUAUGAGUUUUAACGUCUUAAUGAAGACAGAAUUUCAUUUUCCGGUGC